AUGGAUACUGCUCAAUGGACGCAGGAAAUUGGAGUGGCAAAAUCAGCGGCAGAGAUGACUCCAACUUCAAGUACAUGCUCAAAAGAAAGAAAGGCGAGACCACAGCAGGAACAUGCCCUUAACUGCCCUAGGUGUCAUUCAACAAAUACAAAAUUCUGUUAUUACAACAAUUACAGUCUUACACAACCAAGAUACUUCUGCAAGACCUGUAGAAGGUACUGGACUGAAGGUGGUACACUAAGAAAUGUUCCAGUUGGGGGUGGUUCAAGAAAGAAUAGAAAAUCCACUUCUUCCUCAUUGUCUACACCCCAUAAAAUUCCUGAUCUGAACCCUAAUUCAAGCAUUUCUCAAUUUUCCUAUCAAAACCCUAAAGUCCAUGAUGGACAAGAUCUUAGCCUUGCUUAUCAAGGUAUCCCACAGUUUCUUGAAUUUCCUAAGAUUGAGAACAGAAGCACUGUCAAUUCUAUAGCCUCUUCCGCCUCUCCUUCUACUCCAGUUUCUGCCCUAGAUUUGCUGCGGACUGGAAUUUCUUCAAGGGGGUUUAUCCCUACUCCAGCUAUGGAAAGAAACACGGUAUUCGCAACUGGAUUUCCAUUUCAAGAAUCCAAGCCAGCCAUUGAUUUUUCCUUUGACGGGCUUGGGAUCAAUACAUAUGGCGAUUCCAACAAGGGAGAUGACGAAAAUGGUGAAAGAUUAGUGUUUCCUUUUGGAGCAAUGAGACAACACACAAUCAGUGAAGUAGAUCAGAGUAAGGGGCAGGAGAAUCCAAAUGGAUACUGGAAUGGAAUGUUAGGUGGAGGACCUUCUUGGUGA